AUCUACUUUCACACUCAUACAAGCAACAUAUACUCCACAACAAAGCAAGGAUGAACAGCGGUGUGUGCGUGUGCCUGCUCCUGGCUGCUCUGUCCGUCACCUGUUUGGCUCGUUCGCGCUCCCCAGCUCCCCGGGUGGAGGGCAACGCCCCCCCCUCGCAGACAGAUGCCGGCGCGAGCGGCAGAGGCACCCGCUCCGACGGCCCCGGCGCACCGGCCAGAGCACCUGCCGUUGACACCGACUCCCGCGCCGACCUCAGUGAGCUGCUGGCCAGACUCAUGUCCAGGAAAGGUUCUGUCCGUCGCAACUCAGCAGCGAACAGCAAGGCAGGUGCUCCAAGCACCAACCAUCGAAUAAUAGACCGGGAUUACUUGGGCUGGAUGGACUUCGGCCGACGGAGUGCAGAGGAGUACGAAUACUCUUCAUGAGCGAACCCACCACUGCACCCAGCUCCUCACUGUCACAAAGAAUAUAUUUAUUACUAUUCUCCUUCUUCUCUUUAUUCUUACAAUGAUGAUGAUGAUGACGAUGAUGAUGAUGUAUUUGAUGUAUAUUUGUUUGUAAACUAAUAUGAUGCAAUAUAUACUUACACCAAAAUUUUUCAGAAAUGUCUUUCUCCAUGUUUUUGUUGCUUUUUUUUUGUCAUAUGGUUUCAACGUCCUGUUACCUACAUCCCUGUUUUGGUUGGCUGAGGAGAGAACACCUAGCGGAGGGAAAACCAUUGUCCCUGGCUUCCUUCUGCACCACGCCACAGGGCACUGUAAAUGUGUUGCAAUAAAUCAGGUCAGCAUUCAACUUUGGCCUUAAACACUG